CUAUCUUUUUAGCCGUUUGUGCUCACAAUGAUGAUGUUUUUGAAAUGAAGUAUAAAUCCGCUCUGGCAUAAAGUGGCAUUUAAUCUCUAUCCCUAAUUUUACUGGUACCUACUGGGUUUACUACUUUGACUAUUUAGUUAUUAUUGGUCGAAGAUUUUCUAUGACAGACAACUACAAAUACAUAUUUUAUUAGUAGUAUCUUUCUUUGAUCUAUGGUAUAUAUAUGCUAAAGCAGACAAAAUCCUUGAUCCAAACCAUAGACCAGUAUGUCAUUUCAUUUGUGUUAACCACGAAGUCCUUAGCUCUUUGACAAAGUCUGAGACAAAUUGUGAGUGUGAAUUACUCUAUGGGCUAAUACCUCAGACCAAUUACUAACACCUACCUUAGAGAUAGAUUAUUACGUCUACCUACGACAAUAACAAACAAAAAUAAUGUUCAGUGUGGUUCAGUGAUUUUUAAACGGAGUGAUAUUAUUUAUUUGAGAUUAUCAUAGGAAAAACGUUGUAAAAAUUAGAAAUGUGCAGCAAAUUCUGUACAUUAUUUACGUAGAGAUUAUUUAGUUUUGAUUGUUUCUAUUAAACAAGGAAAUUGUUUGAAUAAACCGCGGAAAAAGCCGCCAUGAUAACUGCGUAAGGACAAUUUUUUUAUAUCGUCAUGGCGAUCGUGUAAUGGACUUCUAUUUGGUGCGAUUGUAGAAUAAUUAUUUUAAUAGGUUCUUGUGAUUGUUUCAAAAUUCGGUCGCAUCGCGAAGGGGUUUAUCGGGGCGGGAGGAGGAUAGUUAUGGCGAAUAAAAGAAGUUCGGACAACGUCGUUAUGCCGGACAUUACCGAAGUACCCGAACCCGAUCCCCUGUCGAACCCGGCCGAGCAAAACGCCGAUUGCUCUGAUGGCGAUACGGUUUUGUCCACUGCCAUCAAGGCUGCCCGGAGAUCGAGCGAUUCGCAUGGCGUUAUUACGGUGCCCGUCUCUCUGCCAGUGGGUACUCUUAUCACUGGCACUACGUUUAACGUGAUAUCGUCCGAUCAGCUGCAGCAUUUCAAGCCCAUGUUAUGCGUGGAUAACGGCUUCAUCUCAGGUGGGUCAGUGCCCGAGGACAUAAAACCGACGCACAUAGUGAUACAAAACAACCCAUCGUCGCCGAGCAGCAGCGAUCACAAAGAGCGAAACUCGCCGACGAAUCCUGCGCUUACUAGCAAAUUGAUGGGUAAUCGAUCAUGGGUCGAAACUGCAAAUAUGCCCGUUUUACCUGUAAGAUGUAAGAACACUUCAGCAGAGCUUCAUAAGCACAGGUUAGGAUCAGGGGGUCGUGGUAGAUGCAUAAAGUACGGAGCACAGUGGUAUACUCCAAGUGAAUUUGAAGCACUUUGUGGAAGAGCAUCAAGCAAAGAUUGGAAGAGGUCCAUACGGUUUGGUGGAAGGAGUAUACAGGCAUUAAUCGAUGAGGGCAUAUUGACCCCUCACGCAACCAGUUGUACUUGUGGGGCAUGCUGUGAUGACCAAACGGCACUGGGUCCCAUAAGAUUAUUCAUACCUUAUAAAAGGAAAAGAAGAAAUCAAGAAGGAAAUGAAGAAAAGAAAAUAAAAGUUAAAUGUGAAAGAACGCUAACUGAAGCAGAUGUAGACAAUAUUGAUCAGACAAGCAGUAACAGUCAUUCCAAAGAAGAUUGGCAUACAAUCUCAGAGGGACUUGACUCUAAUACAGAUUAUCAGUUGUUAGCAAGCCCAGAAAUGAGUCCAGGUCCUCCAGAUAUGAAUAAAGUAUUGAAGAGAUUGGAAGAUAUUGGCCAGACUCUAAUGCAGCUUUCCACUGAACUAAAACAAUGUGUAGAAGAAGUGAGGAUUGUCAGCACUAGACAAUUUGACAGGCUUGAACAAGAGCGCUCAUCGUCAAUACUGGAGGGUGUGGAUGCUACAGUGGAUGCUGAACAAGUGUCAUUGCAUAGCGUCGAUGAAGCAAUCUCCAAAAAGUGUGCAAAUUGUAAUCGUGAAGCAUCUGCUGAAUGUUCCUUAUGCAGAAGAACACCGUACUGCUCUACAUAUUGCCAGAAAAAAGACUGGGCAUCGCACCAAAUUGAAUGUCUAAGAACUGUUCCAACAAUUCAUACAGACAGCCAGCAGCAUCAGUCUAUAAUGCUUAUUGUGGAGAGUCAACAUCAAUAGUAUACAAAAAAUACAGUUUCACCUCGAGAAACUGUAUCAAAAAGGAUGAAGGACAAGCAAAAAAAGUAAAGUGUCAUUUAGUAAUAUGAUAGAAUACUUCUAUAACAGUGUAAGUUAGAAUUUUAUCAUCACGCAAGUUCCCGAAAUGCAACAUUUACCCACGAUUACUAUAAUGAAAUGUGUAUAGUGAGCAGUAUAAUCUGUAGACAAUUUAUUUUUAAGUAUAUAUACAUUUUUGUCGACACAGAUGAAAUACUUAAAUAGUAUGUAGAAAAAAUAAGAAAUUUUAGUGUUUCUUUUCCACCAAUUAGUCAAUCAUUCGUUUUAAAACAGCUUUUGUUUUAAGCAUUAGUGACAAACUCUGCUAUUGCCAAUUAAUUAAUCAUAAUUCGAAUAAAAUAUUUAUACAAAAUAAGCGGACGGACCAGGUCAAGUUUCACUUUGACUUUUGUGCACUUCUUCCCUACCCCUACCUAACCUACUCCCACCCUACACCUACCCUGCCUCUACCCAAAAAAAAAACAUUCUGUAAAAACCAUUGUCAUACUACAAGGAAUAUUCUAAAAAAAGAAUUAGCCAAAUCGUUUUAGCCGUUCUCGAAAUUUGCAACACAUUUCAUACAUUCAUUUUUAUAUUAUAAAAGACAUUUUCUAAUAUAUUAACAUUUCUGAUUUUAAUGAUCAUUUAUUUACCAGCAUAGCAAUUACGCUAAUUAACGUUGUGUUUUAUUUACCCAUUAAAAUUUUAUUAAGGAAGAUUUGUAUCAUGGCCAGGUUAUUAUUAGGUUAUUGUGGUUUGGGAACUUACAUAUCAUUUUGUAUUCAUGUUCAUUGCAUCAUUUAGCUAGUAAGCUAUGCUGGUUAAUGCAGUCAUUCCCAGCACAUUGUUAUAAUUAUUUUAAGUAUGGUAGAAGUAUGGCAGAAAGUGUGCAUAAUGUAAUUUUAAUAUCAUAUUAAUUUUUGUACAUAUAAUAUUUUAUGAGAAAUCCUUAACUUUUAUUAAUUGAUAUCGAUACAUUUCCAUGUAGUAUAUGAAAGUAAUAUUGUUUGUAUUAAAUUUGAUAUGAGUCAAGUACUCUAUUGUUAGUUCACUAUUUUUAUAAUUUUUGUUAGUCAGUUUGUUGUAGCAUCACUGGAAAACUCAUGGACCUAUUUUAACAUAUAUUUCAGGGGUGCAUAAUUUCUAACAUUGGAGCUGACUUUUGGAUUUGUUUGUUUUAAACUAAAAACGGAAUUUAAAUUAAUUUUAUCUAUUUCUAAUUUGUUUUUGACGGCCUACGUGGCGCAGUGGUAUGCGCGGUGGAAUUACAAGACGGAGGUCCUGGAUUCGAUCCCCGGCUGGGCCGAUUGAGGUUUUCUUAAUUGGUCCAGGUCUGGCUGGUGGGAGGCUUUGGCCGUGGCUAGUUACCACCCUACCGACAAAGACGUACCGUCAAGCGAUUUAGCGUUCCGGUAUGAUGUCGUGUAGAAACCGAAAGGAGUUUGGGAUUUUCAUCCUCCUCCUAACAAGUAAGCCCACUUCCAUCUUAGACUGCAUCAUCACUUACCAUCAGGUGAGAUUGUAGUCAAGGGCUAACUUGUAAAGAAUCAGAAAAAAAAUAAAAAAAAAAAUUCAAGCGUGCAUGGUCGAUUUAAAUAUGUAUAUUUUAUAAUUAAUUAAUUGAUACUGUACUGAUAGUUUUUAUCUUUGUAAUAUUACUUAAUGAAAUGAAUUGUUGUAAAAUUAUUAAUUAUUAUGUACAGACAUACAAAAACCUGCUAUUGAUAUGGACUGGCCUGCUAGUGAUGUUUAUGUUAAAUCUUUGUUUUAUUACAUGUAUAAAAUGUUGAAUAUUGCAUAAUGUAUAUGGCUUUCCUUAUGUAACUAUUUUUACAAAGUUUGGUAUACAACAAACUGUUUCACAUAGAUACUUUUUGGCUAUUGUUAAUUUAAUAUUAGGAUUUUCUCAAUGUUUUAUUAUUCGUUUUAACUUUUAAACAUUCUUCCACAUUAAUAAAUGAAGUAUUUUAAUGUAAUCAAAGGAUGUCUGUAUUAUGUGUUACAGAAUAUUAUGUAUUACAACCAAUAAUGUAGUUGAUAUUUUAAAGUUAAAGGUUUGUGACUCCCUCAAGGAGUUUUUUUAAUAAAAUAUAUAUUUGAUACAGUUAAUGUCUUGUCUCUAAACUUGGUCGCUAACUAUGGGCCUCAUAAGAAGGCUCAGAGUCACACAGCGGGCGAUGGAACGAGCUAUGUUAGGAGUAUCUCUGCGUGAUCGAAUCAGAAAUGAGGAGAUCCGCAGAAGAACCAAAGUCACCGACAUAGCUCAACGAGUUGCGAAGCUGAAGUGGCAAAGGGCGGGGCACAUAGUGCGAAGAGCCGAUGGACGUUGGGGUCCCAAAGUGCUGGAAUGGCGACCCCCCCACCAGGUGGACUGACGACAUCAAGCGAUUCGCUGGAUGCAGAUGGCUCAGUAUCGUGAUGUUUGGAAGUCCCUACAAAAGGCCUAUGUCCUGCAGUGGACGUCCAUCGGCUGAUAUGAUGAUGAUGAUGACAGUUAAUGUAUAAACAAUAUGAUUAGCCUUAAGCAUAAAAAAAUAAUGCAUUUUUUAGAACAAAAUAUUUAUGUUCCUGCAUGUUAUGAAUACCAAUGUAUUUAUUUAGCAUAUUGGUAUUCGCCAACUAUUUUAAAAAUAUGAGCAAAGUGUCAUUCGAUUCAGAAGAAAAUGUAGAUUAUUUUUAAAAAUGAUCAUGUUCCGCUCGCAAAAUUUGCAAAAGUUAUGAGUAAUUUUCUAAAAUAUAAAAUAAAGUCUGUAAAUAUUUUAAAAACUAAUUGUAAAUUUUAAAAUUCUAUCUCAAUUACCAAAUUUGCACGACUUGGUUUAUUUGUUAUGUUGGCUAAGUAAGCUUCCAGAUUUUAAUCAACUUUUUGUUUAGUGGUAAAUAGAUUAAGAUCCCAGAGCGAUGUGACUCAGCUUAUUUUCACAAAGAUGAAACUUUAUGUUUUCAUUAGCGUCUUAAGUACUUUGAAUACCAGCGUGUUUCUUGAGACUUGCUCUGUGACACUUGGGCAGGCACCUACUGUACAAAUUGGUUUUAUAUAUAUUGAAAAAUAUUUUUCUGAAGCAGUAUCAAAAGUGUCAGACAUUGAUUUAAACUUUUGUCAGGCGCUUUAAAGCUCCACUAAAAAUAACCCUUACGCAGAUAUGCUAUGUUCAUUGCAUCAUUUAGCUACUAAGCUAUGGUCAAUGAAAAGUGGUCAAUGAUAAGUGUCUGACACUUUUGAAAGAAAUAAGCUGUGUCAGAUCGAGUCUUACUCUAAAAGAAUAACAUUAUGGUAAAAUAUAUUUUUGAAAUAUUAUAUGAGCGAUUUUCUGUGACGUGAAUGUGACUUUUUCUACUACGUCUAGAUUAAAGGUAUUAAAAAUAAGGCAAAUCAAACUAUGGUUUCAAUUGUAAUUACGAUCACUACUUCGGAUAUGCUAUUUACUCUGUUCGUAGGUAUAUCGUAGGUAGGCCAUAAUUUAUAAUUGUUAUAAAAUCCAAAAUAAUGAAAUCUAUUGUAUCUAAUGGUAUAAAGAAGAAAGACUGUCUGUGUGACACUUUGAAUAGGUUCUGGAACUACUUAACCAAUUUAAAAAAUUAUUUCACUGUUGGGAAGCUGCACUAUCCCCUACUGCUAUAGGCUGUAUUUUAUCCCCGUAUUCCUACGGGAACGGGAACCACGCGGGUGAAGCCGUGCGGCGUUUUCUAGUGUUAAAAUAAAGCUAAAAUGAAAUGUCUUUAGAUUCAUUAUUUUUUCAUGUAAUAAGUCUAUCAAAUGUAUGUAAAUAUAAAGGUUAAAAAUUAUUUAAAUGCUACAUAAUAUAUUUAUUCCAGGCAUUAAGUAUGAUCAUGAUAAAGCUAGAAAAUAUGUUAGAUUAUUUAGUCUUUAACUUGGUUUUAUGUUAAAAUUACGAUCAACCCUUCGGACAUCAGACAUGAUUUAUCAAGUCUGAUACGAACGUUCGAAUAAUAACGUAAUACACAGGGUGCUCGGGAGGAUUUCCCAUAACUUCAAGGUGUUGACAAGUCCACUAAUUAGGAGCCGAACUGCAAUGCUAAUAUUUUUUAAAUCAAACCAAUUCAACUAAAAAAAACUUAUUCUGUUUUCAUACAAAGUAAUUCAAAUAAUUCUUUUAUCUAUCCUUUCAUUUUAAAAUACGUAAUCGUAGUGGUAAGACUGCCUAUAUCGUUGAGAUAUUGCAACUGGCACUCCGCACUUCACUAGUAAGCUACUUCAUGAUUUUUUUUUAUAUCUCUCAUUUAUUUAUUUCUCCUUUUUUUUUAAAUUUACAUAAAAUAUACAAAACACUUUUAAAAACAUAAAAAAAAUUCAACCCUCUCGCUGCGGGACAUUUGAGUGACCAAGCAACCGGUGGUCAGAGCUCCAGAGUGAGGAACCUCCUCACAAUACGCGCCGUCUCAAGAAUCACUGCCUUCUGUAUCCGACUCUUGAUCCAACAGUUAAGCGAAAGCUUCUUAAGGUGUUGGUCGAAGCUUUUCGCUAUGAGACCAUUGACUGAAACAAUAUUUAUUAAUGAAUAAGUUUGGCUAGGUCAUAAUAUAAGGGACACACUUUAAGAUCUGUUUACUAAAGAAAUAUUUUUUACUCAAAGAAAAUAUUAAUUUUGGAACACAUGUUCCUUAGACAUUUUAAUUUUCCCUGAAGAAUAUAAUCCUAGAGUUAUGGGAAAUACACCCGAGCACUCUGUAUAUGUUGUUAUACAAUUCCAAAAUAAUGAAAUAUUGUCAAUGCGUUUCAUUAUUUUUUCAUAAUAACCAGUCUACCAAAAGUAUGUAAAUAUGAAGUUUUAAAGGUCUUCGCAUGUAAUUUAAAGUUUAUUAAAACUAUUAAUUAGUUAAUUAAUAACUUUUUGUAUGUAAAGUGGUUUUAAUAAACGAAUUUGUUUUAUGA